AUGAACAUGAAUUUACAAUGCGUAGCUGCGGUAGUUUCCUCGGCCGGUGGUCACGGUUUCGAUGCACAUCUGCGUGGACCAAGUUUCCUCAUUGAACCCCCAUCGAGAGUGGAAUUUUCAAAUUCAAGUGGUGCCUGGUUGGACUGUGCAGCAAUUGGCAAUCCAACCCCAAAUAUAGACUGGUCCACAGCCGAUGGUUUACCAGCUACUGAUGUACCAGGCGUCAGAAGGGUCCUCAGGAAUGGCACCCUCGUACUACUUCCGUUCCAAGCAGCAGCAUUCCGACAGGACGUUCACAGUGCUGCUUACAGAUGUGUCGCAAGUAACUCGGUGGGUCGAGUACUCAGUCGCGACGUACAAGUACGGGCCAUUGUGACCCAGGCGUAUUCUGUCGAUGUAGAAGUAGUCGAGGGAGUAUCUCGAGGCUGUACAGCAAUUUUGAGAUGCUUGGUACCGAGUCACGUGAAGGAUCUCGUGAGAGUUGUAUCGUGGCUGCAGGAGCCAUCAUUUCACAUAUACCCGUCGCUUCAAGGGGAUGGAAAAUUUCACCUACUAUCCACGGGGGAAUUACUGGUACACGGAUUGGAGUUCAGUGACCAGUUCCUCAGUUACAGGUGCAGGACCAUGCACAGGCUCACACGACAAGUGGUGGUUAGCACUUCAGCAAAUCUUAGGAUCGCUGAGCACGGAGGCAUGAUACCACCAACGAUACUCGAGCACUCGGGCACAAUCUACGUUGGACAGGAUGAAUCAACUUCCCUAGUUUGCCUAGCAAAGGCAUGUCCCACCCCAGAGUACAGAUGGUAUGCACAAACUGGAGCUGAACAGAUGCCAGUAUUAUCCGGGCCUAGGAUGAGAUUACUUGGCCCAGUGUUGGCCAUAGAAGCAGUGACACUGUCCGACAGUGGUGUAUAUCAGUGUCUAGCCUCCAAUCUCGGUGGUGAGACGAGCGCUGAGCUCAGGCUGGUGGUGAUGGCGCCUCUGAACGUCGAAGUUUCACCGUCAUUGUUGAGUGUCCAUUUAGGGGGUAAUGCAGAAUUUACCUGUGUCGUUGGAACACAUUCACAAGCUGGACAGCAUUUUAUUACGUGGUACAAGGAUGGUAGACAAUUGCCGGGUGCUGGACGACAGUCAGAGACACUGACACUCAAUGGAAUUGGGAGGGAGGACAGGGGAAUGUAUCAGUGUAUAGUCAGACGUGGAGAUGACACUGCUCAGGCUUCUGCUGAACUUCAACUUGGUG